AGGAGCUCCUGCAGUAGUGUGUUUCUGUGUUUACAAAUUCGUGAAUUCGAGGUACAGAGCUGGCUUCUUAAAGUGUUUAACCUCAAACAUUUUUUUAGUGUAUUUCAUGAAAAUUAACAGUGAAUAAAUAUAAUCAAAUGAGUGAUGGAAAGCCGAGAAAAUACAAUAAGGUUUAAGAAAGAACCGCAUGAUACUAAGCCAGAUGUAGGCGACGAUCAUAUUUUCGAUUCAGCUGACUUUAGCGAAGCCAAAAACUUUGACGCAUUUUCGUUUUAUGAAUCAUCAGCUAAUCUCGCGAAUGCAGCUAAGGAAUUACACGAAAAAUUAGACGAAAAAAUAUUAGUAGAUUUUGAGUGCAAAGAUGUUAAACUUGAACCAACGUUUCUUUCUACAAACUUCAACAAAAUUGAGAGUCAAAGUUAUCUACCUAUUGUGAAAGUAGAUAACGAAAAUUCGAUUAAUCACAUGAAUGAAAAAAGGCUAAUAAUUUUGAUUAAAAAAGAUUUCGAUUAUUAUAAUCACUGUCUAUUUCAAGUAAAUUUGCAAUUAAAAAUUACCGAUUAUAAGGAGGUUAAAAUAUUCAGAAAAACUUCUCACUCCAAAUUAUCUAAUAAGUUCAAAGUAUGUCAAAAAACUUUCAAAAGAAAAGUGAAUUUAAAAAGACACACCACUAAGACACACAAUCAGAUCAAACUUUUCGAGUGCUUUAUUUGUCGCAAAUCAUUUGGAUACAAAGGUGAUCUCAACAAACAUAUAACGAUAGUACAUGAUCGUAGCAAACCUUUCGAGUGUGAGAUUUGUCAUAAAUCAUUUGGACAGAAAGUAAACCUCAAAAGGCACGCCAAUGCAGUACAUAAUGGCAGCAAACCUUUUGAAUGUAACUUUUGUCACAAAUCAUUUGGACAAAAAUGUACCCUCAACAAACACAUAAGUGCAGUUCAUGAUCAGAUUAAACCUUUCGAAUGUGAGAUUUGUCAUAAAUCAUUUGGACAGAAAGAAAACCUCAAAAUUCACAUAUAUGUGGUACAUGAUCGUAGCAAACCUUUCGAGUGUGAAACUUGUCAUAAAUCAUUUGGACAAAAAAGUCACUUUAAAACUCACGAAAUGAUAGUGCAUGAUCGAAAAAAACUCUUUGAAUGUGAAAUUUGUUAUAAAUCAUUUGGACUGAAAAGUACUCUGAAAUCUCAUGCAAAUGUACAUCAUCAUAAGCAACCCUUUCAAUGUGACAUUUGUAAUAAAUCAUUUCAACGUGAGGGGCACCUCACAACUCAUAUAAAUGCAGUUCACAAUCGAAGCAAACCCUUCAAGUGUAACAUUUGUCGCCAAUCAUUUGGAUACAAAAGUGUCCUCAAAACUCACAUAAUUUCAGUACAUGAUCGGAGCAAACCUUUUAAGUGUGAUAAUUGUGACAAAUCAUUUGGCCGCAAGAGUGAGCUACAUGAAAAUAUAAAUUCAGUACACGAUAAGAGCAAAUUAUUUGAAUGUGAGAUUUGUCAGAAAUCAUUUGUACAAAAAAUUCACCUAAAACGUCACACACAAUCGAAGCAAUCCUUAGGAGCAUGAGAUUUUUCUGGAGCUAAUUGGACGCAAUCAAGACUCUUACAAUUGCACGAGUAUGCUAUAAAAUUUUAGAAAAUCUUCCAUAUAAGUAUUAUUCAAUUGUGUAAAUAAUAAUUAACUUUAUCAAACCUUUA